AUGAACCCCAACCAGAAUCCUCAUCACAACUACCCUGGAGGUCUCCCACCCGGUCAGAAUCCCAACUAUCCAGGCGGUGUAAACCCGAAUUUCCCGCCACAAGGAAUGCCUCCAUUCGGCAAUUACCCCAUGUAUCAAGCCGGCGUGCCCCAUCCAUUCGGACAAAUGCCCCAGCCACAGUAUCCAGGAGGACCUGGAGGUGCUGAUCCGCGGAUUCCACCCGAUUUUAUGAAUGUUAGAAUCAAGCCCGAACCAUCAUGGGGUGAUGCUGGAUACGGUGUCGGACCGUCGGGAAGUGCUGGAAAUGUACAAGGACCACCGCAAGGAUUCGGAAUGGCUGGUGGAUAUCCGCCUGGAUUCGGAACAAGAGGAAUGCCAAUCGAUUUGAGUGGGGAUACGCGGCCAGGAAUGCCAGGUCACUACGCACCUCCUCCUCCCCAGCAACAACCGGGUCCAUCUACUUCAAUUCUGGCUCAACACCUCUCCUCAGCUCCACUCCCACCACCACAACCCUCACAGCAGCCGUCCCAUCUCAGCCAACUCCUCCAACAACAACCCGCGUAUCCAGGAGUGAUGGGCGGAGCGAUGGGCGGAGCUAUGCAUCAAGCUCCAGGCGGUGGAAUGGUGACGGCCAGUGGAAGGCAGGUGCCUAAUAAUAGUUAUGAGGCUCUUCAACUGACCAACAUCCAAAAUCGUCAACUGAUGGCCGCGCAGGCAGCCUAUCUCGAGCAACAACAGCACUUCCAACAGCAACAGGCUACUCGGGCCGCCCAACUUCAGGCCGAACAGGCUGCUGCUCAGGCCGCUGUUGCCCAGCAACAUGCCGCUGCGGCUCAACAGGCUCCGCCCACACUUCAUCUGGCUCCGCCCACUCAAGGAUUCCCGCCAUCCGCGUCGUCGGCACACUCGGCGAAUUCGGCGAUGAGACAGGAAGCCACGUCACUGUUUGCCAAUCAACUGACGAUUCCUCGAGAAUCGCCACGUCACAAGGAGACGGAUCUGAACAAAUUGACGACGGGAGAGCUGUGUCAAUAUGGACGGGAUCUUGUCAAUGAGCUUAACUAUAAAACGUCGUCUCUCUCAUUGUUGCUCAAAAGAGUGAUGGAUCGUCGACCACCAGCCGAUGGAGAGAAUCCGGCUGAGGUGGCGGCGAGGUGUCGACAAAAUUUGGAACGAAUGGUGCAAAUUCGCGUAAUCAUCGAGAAACGCCGGCCGCCCGAGUGGAAACGGCUGACAGGCGAUGACUAUAUCGAGAUGAUGUUGGACGAUUCGGAAUUGGAGAAACCGAUGGAUGAGAAGAGGAAAGAGAAACGCGCCGAGCUGGAGAGAAAAUACCCAGGAAUCAUGUCGGCGACGCAGCCCAACGACGGUGACGUCUUCUAUCAGGGACGUUGGAUUCCAGAAGCACUCCAUCAGAAAUAUAUGAAGUUCGAGGCGAAUAAAAUCCUCCUGAUGAAUCUGGCGAGCGACCUGAAGAAUUUGGCGUGGAAAAUCGAUGUGACAAGUCCGGGACACUUGAAGAGAGUCGAUCAGACGAAGAUAUCGAAAAAACGAGAAGACGGAGGGAAUCCAUAA